CCACGUGACUCGUUCGCCCCGGAACUCGAGCCUCUCCCUGGCCGGACAGUCCUUGCUUCUUCACAGUUGGCUGAAAUCUGCUUAGGCGAGGAGACAUGAGGCUGGGGAAUGCGUAGUCCCGCAGCUGGAAACCGAGCUCUGAUUUCUGAGGACUUUGCCCUUCCCCAGUGGGUGUGGACAUCGAGUAGAAGACAAUGGUCCCAGUGGUCCUGCCCACCAGCAGUCACCAGGAAUCAGUGACCUUCAAGGACGUGGCUGUGGACUUCACCUGGGAGGAGUGGGGACGCCUGCGCCCUGCCCAGAAGCAGCUGUAUAGGGACGUGAUGCUGGAGAACUACAGGAACCUGGUCUGGCUGGGACUAGCAGUUUCUAAACCAGCUGUGAUUGGUCAUUUGGAGCGAGGGGAAGUGGUUUGGGUGUCCGAGGGAGAGGGCCCAAGAAGCACCUGUGCAGAUUGGGACAGUAGGCCUGAAACCAGGGAGUCCCCUCCAACAUGUGGCUUCUCCAUGGAAGAGCCAUUCCAAGGAAGAGUUCAUGUGGGUGGUCUCUGUGUCUCCAAGUUUGGCAAAGCCAGGGAAUGUUAUGCUUUAUUAGAAAAACAGCAGAGCAGUGAAGAGGAACUUUUUGGACAUAAGCAAAUAUUUGAAAUGAAGACUCUCAAUCAAGUUAGAGGCGAUGCAUAUAAAGAACAUAAAGGAGGCUUCUGCCAAGGAGCAAUCCUUUUCCCCCAACGUAAAAUGUUUCUUGCAAGGAAUCUUCUUCAUCCGUGUGUUACAGAGCAAAGGAGAGUCCCAUUGCAUUCAUACCUGAAUAAACAGAAGAGAAUUUCCUUAAAGAAGAUGUUUUCUAGGUAUAAUGAAGGUGAGAAAUUGUUUAGUUAUGACUCAGACCUCAGUGAACAUCACAGUCAACAGAAUGGAGAGAGAGCACAUUUAGGGAGUGAAUGUGAUCAGACUUUGUCAAGUAGCAUAAACAUUUCUCAGAAUCACAGAAUUCCUGUUGUAGAAAAAUAUUUUGAAUGUAACAAAUAUAGAAAAGCUUUUAGUAAGAAGACAGGACUUAUAGAAUAUCAGAGAAUUCAUGCUAGAGAAAAAGCGUAUGUAAGUAAUGAGUAUAAAAAGGCCUACUCACAGAAAGCUGACAUUACUAUGCAUAAUAGAAUUCAUACUGGAGAAGAAGCUUAUGAAAGUAACGAAUGUGAAAAGGCCUUCAGGCUGCAGAGAACAUUUGCUGACAACCAGAAUAUUCAUAAGAUCAAGAAACCAUAUGAAUGCAACGAAUGUGGGAAAGCCUUCAGUCAGAAGGCGGGACUGAAUGGACAUCAGAACAUUCAUACUGGGAAGAACAAUUAUAAAUGUAAUGAAUGUGGGAAAAACUUUAGUCAAAAGUCAGGACUUGUCUACCAUCUGAGAAUUCAUACUGGGGAGAAGCUUUUUGAAUGUAAUGAAUGUGGGAAAGUCUUCCAUAAAAAGAUAGGACUUAGGAGUCAUCAGAAAAUUCAUUCUGGAGAGAAACCAUAUCAAUGUAAUGAAUGUGGGAAGGCCUUUAGUCACAAGGCAGGACUUACUUGUCAUGAGAAAAUUCAUACUGGAGAGAAACCAUAUGAAUGUAAUACUUGUGGAAAGGCUUUUAGCAGGAAAUCUAUUCUCACUGACCAUCAGAAAAGUCACACUGGAGAGAAACCUUAUCAGUGUAAUGAAUGUGGGAAAGCCUUCACCAGGAGCACAAUCCUUACUCAACAUCAAAAAAUUCAUACUGGAGAGAAACCUUACAAAUGUAAGGAAUGUGGGAAAGCCUUCAGUCAGAAAAUAGGACUUACUUGUCAUCAGAAUAUUCAUACUGGAGAGAAACCUUAUGAAUGUAGUAAUUGUGGUAAAGCCUUCAGUCAGAAGACAGGACUUACAAGACAUCAGAAAAUUCAUACUGGAGAGAAACCCUACAAAUGCACUGAAUGUGGGAAGGCCUUCAAUCAGAAGAGAACACUUACUGAACAUCAAAAUAUUCAUACUGGAGAGAAACCUUAUGAAUGUAAUGAAUGUGGGAAGGCUUUCAAUCAAAAGAACACACUUACUGAACAUCAGAAUAUUCAUACUGGAGAGAAACCUUAUCAGUGUAAUGAAUGUGGGAAAGCCUUCAAUCAGAAGAAGAGACUUACUAAACAUCAGAUUAUCCAUACUGGAGAGAAACCUUAUGAAUGCAAGGAAUGUGGGAAAGCCUUCAGUCAGAAGAGGACACUUAUUGAACAUCACAAUAUUCAUACUGGACAGAAACCUUAUGAAUGUAAUGAAUGUGGGAAAGCCUUUGGUCAGAAGACAGGACUAAGUAAACAUCAGAAAUGUCAUUCUGGAGAGAAACCAUAUCAGUGUAAUCAGUGUGGGAAAGCUUUCACCAGGAGGACAAGACUUACUCGACAUCAGAAAAUUCAUACUGGAGAGAAACCUUAUGAAUGUAAUGAAUGUGGGAAAGCUUUUAGAGAGAAGACAAGUCUUAGUCAACAUCAGAAAAUUCAUACUGGAGAAAAACCGUUUCAGUGUAAUCAGUGCGGGAAGGCUUUUGGCAGGAAGACAAUUCUUACAGAACAUCAGAAAACCCACAGGAGAAAGAUUUCAUCAGAAUGUCAGAAGGCCUUAAGUUGGAAAAUGACUCUUGAACAUCAGAAAUUUAACAUAGGAGAGAAACUUUUGGAAUAUGAUAGACUUUUGGCAGAGAAGACAUAUUGUUAAAUCUUAUUCCAUUAAAUUAUUAUUGAAUUAUUAA